AGGAAGUUGAUUGGUAUUUGUGGUAUUUCUAAUAAAAUAUUACAUCAAAUUCAAAAACAUUCACUACACCCAGCCUACUUCGUGCAAAUCAUUCGAAAUAAAUGAUUUUUAAGAACAUAAUCAUCACAACAAUUGUUUUAAGUUUGCGAAGAAGCUUCUCAAUGGCUACCAAUUCCUCUCUUCCUGGCACUUUUUCAGUCGCCUAUGUGACUGUCCCAAAUGAAGAAUUAGCAAAAACAUUGGCCAAAGGACUAGUCCGCGAGAAACUUGCUGCUUGUGUAAAUAUUAUCCCCAGAAUCACAUCAAUAUAUGAAUGGAAGGGUGAAAUUCAAGAGGACAAUGAGCUCCUGUUAAUGAUUAAAACUCGCACGUCAAGAGUUGAUGAGUUGACCAAGUUUGUGAGGGAAAAUCAUUCCUAUGAGGUGUGUGAAGUAAUUUCACUGCCAAUUGAGAAAGGAAAUCCACCAUAUUUGAAAUGGUUGGGAGAAAUUGUCCAUGAAUCACAAUAAAGGUGUGAAAAUUGGCGGGUGGAGAGGCAGAAGUGAAAGGAGAACAUUUGUGCGUGAUCCGAAUCGAAGCAAACAAAACAAAAAACGGAGGAGGAACCUAGAGACUUGCGACAACCCGCAAAAAGGAGUGGGGGAAGACGCCCGAGGAUCCUAGCUGCUAAACCUGUAAAACCCAGGUAAGAGCUGAUAGGGGCAAGUUUUAUACCAUGGCGUACCAAGUAGCAAGGUCCCUACUUGAUUAUUUAUUUAAUGGUUCUUAAAAACUAUUCGUGUGUAAAAUGUAUUCGUAUGUUUACAUAAAGAAUAAACAUACAAUUGAAUUGCUAA